AAACAAAGCCUAAGAGGAAAACCACGCCGCAUCUAGUCAACCUCUUGGAAAAGAGAUGGAGGUUCCAGACUGUAAUUAAUCUCUUCCCGUCUUUGAAAGUGAAGACUUCAGAAUUCAGAACCACGCCCAGCAUUUGUCAUGAACAUACGCAAUUUUCUUCCACUAAUAUCAACAACCCAAAUGAACUGAGACCGAGGAACCAAAGAAGAGAUCCUCUUCCUUCUCUGUCUUUCUCCAUUGGAAGCCACCAUGGCUUCUUCCCCCAGUGUUCCCAGCGAUCCUGGGUUCCGCCCUUUUCUCAAUUUCAGCUAUCCUGAUACGUAUUUCCCCCCAAGUUUUGAUCCCAACAAAUAUCCGUCUUAUAACAACGGACUGGGUGUGAAUGGAAAGAUUUUGCUCACGGCCAUCAUCUCCUUGUUUGUUGUUGUCAUUCUUGUUGUCCUGCUCCACAUCUAUGCCAGGUGCGUGCUUCGACGCCAAGCAGCACGCCAGGCCACACUCCGUCGUCUGAGCAUGGGAGCCGUAGCUUGGCAGGUGCAGAAUGAGCAACCCAAGAGGGGGCUCGACGCUUCAGUCUUUGCCUCCUUGCCCAUAUUCGUCUACAAGCAGCAAACAGAGCAGGACCAGCUAGGUGGCGCUACCACGACAGAGUGCGCAGUGUGUUUGAGUAGCUUAGAAGAAGAAGAGAGAGUCAGGCUUCUACCCAACUGUAAGCACUUGUUCCAUGUUCAAUGCAUUGAUAUGUGGCUAGACUCUCACACUACGUGCCCAGUUUGCCGAACAGAGGCCGAACCUCAACCAAAGCCUGAGCCCGGUGAAUCAAGUACUAUGAUGGUUCAGUCUUCAGCCCCGACAGUCGACUCAUUGCAUCCCGCAACGACAUGUUCAGAGGGUACUUCAGAUGGGGCUGCUCAGUCUUCUUCCAAAGUGGGUGGAUCGAGCUCCCGGAUGAGCUCAUUCCGGAGGAUGCUCAGUAGGGAGAGAUCAGGGAGGAGAAUUCAACCUUGUGAGCAAGCAGAUGCUGUGGAAGAUGUAGAGAGGCAGUGAUUUUGAUUUUUGGGUACAAUUCUUUCUUUUCUCUUUUGGGUUUUGAUAUAGUUCUCAAGUCUGAUAUAUACAGAGAUGUCACACGCGUGACAGACACUUGUCAUUGAUAGCUUUCUUAGAUUGUAUAGAUAGUUGAACAGUUCCUUCACGGGAACAAAAGAAUUUGAGAUUUUGCUCACA